AUGGCGUCCAUUCGUCUCAAAUCGAGUGUCCUGGACGGUGUCAAGGUUGGAAUCGAAGAGUUCAUCGACAACCGCAACGAUCGAUUGGUUGUACGCGGCUGCAUCAAGACAAAGCCUGAUGACUUCAUCGUGCGCGAGAUCAGUGCAGAUGGUGAAGUGGUGGAGUUGAACGAGGAGAGCAAUUGCUUGGCGUUAGAAAGCGAGCGCACCGCGAUCUUGAAGAAGCUCGAAGCAGGACAGCAGAAGGCGAAGAAGGAAAGACUGGAGUUCGAUGACCCCGUGGAUGGUUGGCCAGCAGCUUUAAUGGAGCUGGUUGGCGCUGCUGGAUUCCAAGAGGUUGAAAGCGUGGCAACGAGGAAGACUGAAGAGUUCCUUGUUGCAUCACCCGUGACGAUGAAAGAGCGGGCGUUCCUCCAAGUCUGUAUCCAGAAAUGCUUUCCAGCGCUGGACUGUAAAAUGUGUCCGGUGUUAGACAUUGAAGGGCAAGUAGUGCAGCAGAUGCGAGUGGUAUUGGAUCCUGUGUACAGGAAACUACAAGACGGAGGAAUGGCGCAAGAGAAUUGCGAUCGUCUCCUCACCUUUCUUCGUAAAGGAGCUAGUGACCAGACGAUUGUAAAAGGUCUUGAGCUUGAGCACGAGGACACGAAAGAAGCUCGAACUGCGCUGCAUCGGUUGAUUGCCAAGAGCUCUUCGUGCUUCAGGACAAAGACCGAAGCUCGAAACAACGUACAGCGCUUGGUUGUGUACUUCCAACCGAACAAACGCAAUCAAAAGCGAAAGCGCUCCCAGCCGCAGGUGUAUCUUCGUUUCGUGCUUCAGAAGACCAACUUGGAGCACUUCUCGGCUUUCGAGAAGCUGGCUCGCAGAGUUCGCCACCCGCUGUCAGCGUUUUCUUACGCUGGUACGAAAGACAAGACAGCUAUCACAUUCCAGCACGUCGCGGUCAGUGGAGUCGACCCCGAUCAGCUCUUGAAUGUCAACACUACGGAAGAUAAUGCCAUGGCGGGACUUCGAGUAGGGAAUCUCAAAUACGUGGAAACUCCAAUCGCUCUGGGCGGGUCGAAUGGAAACAGGUUCUCGAUUGUAGUCUGGAGUCUUUCGUCCGACACGCACUGCCCUGCAGAGAUGAUCCGAUCGACACUCGAGUCUACACUGGAGACCAUCGAGCGUCAUGGCUUUGCCAACUACUUUGGUUUCCAGCGUGUUGGGCUCCCAACGAACACGGUGAGAGCUCACCACAUUGGUGAGAAAAUGGUUGCCAGCAAAUGGGAAGAAGCUUUGCGGCUGAUGCUGGCGGUCAGACCUGCGGAAUCGGAGGAUGCAGCAAAAGCCAAGCAGCACUACCUUGAGUCGGGCGACAUUGAAGCCGCUCUUAAGCUUAUGCCACUCGGCAUGUCGGUUGAACGGCAAGUCCUUCAGGGACUGAAGCGGUUCGGAAGUGACGCGUUCGAGCAAGCGGUCCAGAGCAUCCCGUUUUCGCGCCGCAUGAUGUACAUGCAUGCGUAUCAGAGUUACAUCUUCAAUCGGGUGGCGUCGUUCCGGUUGCGUCACUACGGGACCAAGGUUGUGGAAGGUGAUCUGGUCCAGUGUGACGCUCAGCACGGAAAAGCAGUGAAGACCAUCACUGCCAAAGAGGCGACUGAGCUGAACAAGACUCGCCAGUCUGCGAUAGGACUCGUUGUUUUACCGCUUGCUGGGACAAACGUCGUGCUUCCUUCAAACACGACAAAAGACGUAUACGUCAAGAUAAUGGAGCAAGACGACACGAAAGAUGCUCUCCUCGAGUCCGGACCCGUAAAAGGUGCGUAUCGACCUCUAGUCGCGUACCCACAUGACUUGGAGUGGACUUGGCAUCAGGACGACGACGAAUCGCUCUCACUGCAGAUCUCAUUCUCCCUUGACAGUGGCUCCUUUGCCACCAUGUGCUUACGCGAGGUGCUUCAUUCGGACAUUUAG